GGGAUUAGUUUUGUUGCUCUUCACCACCAUAAAAGGACAGCUUUUUAUUGACGCGGGCGGCGCGGGGUAGCCUCCUCCCUCCUUCCCUUCCCGCCCCGGUGCUGUCCAGAUGAAGGAGGAGGGAGCCGAGAGGAAGGUCUGACUGCGCCCCCACCCACCCACCCACCCACGCCACUGACAGCCCGGGCUUGCACACCUAGCUCAACCCCCGGGGUGGUGGACACCGAGCCUGCCGGCAGCUCUCGCCGGGACCGCGAUGAGCGCUCGCCGCCGCCGCCAGGAGGUCGUGGUCCGGAGCCAAGCGCUCUGCUCCCCGCUGCUACUGCUGCUGCUGCUGCCGCUGCUGCUGCCGCUGCUCCCGGGAUGUGCUGCCUUCAACCUGGACACCGAGCAGCCCACUGUCUACAGCGGACCCCAGGGCAGCUACUUCGGCUACUCGGUGGAUUUCUACUCACCCGUUAAAAACACUGUCAGUGUACUUGUAGGAGCUCCGAAAGCUAACACGACUCAGCCGGGGAUAGUGGAAGGAGGAGCGGUGUACUUCUGCGGCUGGCCACCAGGAGGUGCUCCUUGCAGCCCGAUCCCGUUCGACAGGAGCAGUAACAGAAUCAUCAGGAUUAAUGGCACAAGGGAACCUGUUGAAUUCAAGUCCAAUCAAUGGUUUGGAGCCACAGUUAGAUCUCAUAAAGAAAGUGUUGUGGCUUGUGCCCCAAUGUAUAAUUGGCGUGCCCUUAAAUUGACUGAAGAGAAAGAUCCAGUGGGCACCUGUUAUGUGGCAAUUCAGGAUUUCAGUGCUUAUGCAGAAUAUUCACCAUGUCGUUCUGAUCAGCCAGAUCCUGAGGGUCAAGGGUUUUGUCAAGCAGGAUUUAGUCUUGAAUUUACCCAGGAUGGGAACCUGGUGCUGGGUGGACCGGGCAGUUUUUACUGGCAAGGUCAGGUGAUUACUGCCGAUACUUUAGAAAUUUCAAAUGGAUACGACUUUAGAAACUUGCAACGGAGAGUGACUGGAGAACGACAAACUGGAGUGGCUCCUGCUGAUUAUGAUGACAACUACUUAGGAUACUCGGUUGCCGUAGGGGAAUUCACAGGAGACUCUGAACAAGAAUUUGUUGCUGGGAUUCCAAGAGGUGCUCAGUCAGUUGGAUAUGUUGCUAUUAUAAAUUCAACAGAUAUGACUUUCAUUCUGAAUUUUACUGGUGAAAAGAUGGCUUCUUACUUUGGAUACACUGUGGCUGUCUCAGAUAUAAACAGUGAUGGACGGGACGAUGUGCUUGUUGGUGCUCCACUUUUCAUGGACCAGGAGUCCGAUGGGAAACUGAAGGAAGUUGGGCAGGUUUACUUGUACCUGCAGGAGGAAGACUUCCUCUUCAAGGAUCCUCAGAAACUGUUGGGAACUGAAGUAUUCGGAAGAUUUGGCAGUGCCAUAGCGCCUUUGGGGGAUGUGAAUCAAGACGGGUAUAACGAUAUUGCGAUUGGCACACCUUUUGGAGGCGAGGACAGAAGAGGCAAAGUUCUGAUUUACAAUGGCCAAAGUACCGGGUUAAAUUCCAAGCCAUCACAGGUCCUGGAAGGCUUGUGGACCUCUCAAUCAAUGCCUUCUGGAUUUGGUUUUACUCUACGAGGAGGGUCAGACAUAGACAAUAAUGAGUACCCUGAUUUGAUAGUUGGCGCCUUUGGAGCAAGUAAAGUUGCAGUUUACAGAGCUCGGCCGGUUGUGACAGUGGAAGCGCAACUGCUCCUGAUCCCAUCAAUCAUUAACCCAGAGAAUAAAAGUUGCCAGCUGCCUGGAUCGGAGAUGUUGGUGUCAUGUUUCACUGUGAAGGUUUCUGCAGCUGUGUCGGGCCAUGGGAUACCAAGUGUAAUAGUUCUGAAUGCAAAUCUUCAGCUGGACAAACUGAAGAAAAAAGGAGGGAUUGAGAGAACGCUGUUCCUCAAUUAUCAACGGCCACAACACACAUUCCAAUUCGUCUUGAGCAAUUUGGAACGCUUCACGCAACAAGAAUUUGUUGUUUAUCUUACUGAAGUAUUUCGUGACAAAUUAACACCAAUUACUGUGAGCUUAAAUUACAGUUUGGAUGAAUCUCAUACGUCAGGGAAUCUUAAGCCAAUAAUUAACUAUUACAGUGAAACGUUCCUUCAGAAAGUGGCACAUAUUCUACUGGACUGUGGAGAAGACAAUGUUUGCAUCCCAGCCCUUAAGCUUUCAGUUGUUCCUGAUACACAUCAGGUAGUAAUUGGAGAUGAGAGCCCUCUCACUUUGAUCAUAAAUGCCAGGAAUGAAGGAGAAGGGGCCUACGAAACAGAACUCAAUGUCAUCAUACCAUCAGAAGCAGAUUACAUUGGGAUUGUUCGCAACAUGGAGGCAUUGAGCAAGCUAAGCUGUGCCCAUAAUGUAGAAAAUUCAACUAAAAUGCUUGUCUGUUAUUUGGGAAAUCCCAUGGCAGCUGGAACCAAUCUGUCAGUCGGGCUGCGUUUCUCAGUUGAACGCCUGGAGAAGGUAGAUGUCAAUCUCAGUUUUACCCUGCAGAUCAAAAGUUCAAAUAAGGACAAUCCAAACAGCAACCUCGUCCAACUGCAGAUCAAUGUCAGUGCUGUCUCUCAGGUUGACCUUCGAGGGGUGUCCCAUCCUGAGCAAAUCUUCUUGCCCAUCUCUGACUGGAAGGUUAAAGAAAGACCCAAGAAAGAGGAGCACAUUGGACCACUAGUUCAGCAUGUUUUUGAACUGCACAACAUUGGGCCGAGUGCAAUCAGCACUGCGAUCAUGGAAGUGGGCUGGCCGACACAUUACCGGGGCGAGUAUCUACUGUACGUCUUACAGAUGCAAACAGUUGGACCUUUACACUGCCACAUGAAUGCCACAGUUAAUCCACUGCAGCUAGAGACUACUGACCCGCCAGCUGUUGGGGAGCCUAUCCCUUUGCGAGACUCUUCUACAACUACACAUCACAUCACAAGGCGAGAAGUGAGGUUACCACAGCCGUUAAAGCAUGAUCGUGCAAGAAUUCUGAAUUGCAGCAACAUUGAAUGUACAAAAAUAGUCUGUCAUGUUGAUCAUCUGCGGAAAGGACAGAGUGCAGUACUAAAGGUUCGAUCUCGCAUCUGGGUGCAGACCUUUCUAAAGAGAAAGAACAACCAUUAUUCUCUGCAAUCUCUGGUGUCAUUUGUAGUGAAGGAAAUGCCAUACAAAAUCCAGCCAAAGGAAUUACCCAGUGCAAGUACUGUGAUAAGAACAUCAGUGAUUUGGGCCACACCUGACGCUUCACUUGCGAUUCCCCUGUGGGUCAUAAUUCUAGCUGUACUAGUCGGUUUGCUGGUUCUGGCUAUUUUGAUCUUAGUCAUGUGGAAGUUUGGCUUCUUUGACCGUGCUCGCCCACCACAAGAUGAUGUAACAGAUCAAGAACAGCUUCACCCAGUAAAGGCUACAGAUGCCUGAUUAUAGCAGCCUCAACGCCCCUCGCAGCGGAUACUUAAAAAUGUCUCCACACCACGUAAAAAACGCGUACGUUUAUUUGCUUUUGCUCGGCGUGAAAACAUCAGGAGGAAAGCAAAUUUGAACAAUGCAAGUUAAUUGAGAAAAUCCUUUGUUCCCUGAGUAAUUAAGCAUAUCAAAUUGUUUUGCAGGCAUCAUUUUACCUGGAUAAAAGUAAAUGGCCCUUGUUUCUGCAUAGAGGGCUGUUGUUAUUUUUCGGUUACAUUAAUUACUUUGAGGGUUUUUUAAGUGCAGGUGCUGUGCACUUUGUAAAUCAAGUAAAAUUGUGUCUUAUUCUGAACAAACAGGAGAGGUCCACAUAAAGUCAGAAAUUUUCCAUAUCACAUUAGUCUCACGAGUGCAGAUUUUUCAAUGUUCUACUGCAUUUCAUGAACUAUGCAUUGCUGCCCUAGUUGGGCAGCUCACCAGCAAUGUACUGGAUGUAAGCAGCAUAACAUUUUGCAAACAAAAAGCAAUUGUGCAGUUUGUUCUGGAGACACAAGGAACUGCAGAUGCGGAAACUUGAGCAAAACAGAAAGUGCUGGAGGAACAGGGCGGGUCAAGCAGUGUCGUUGGAAGGAAUGGAUA